AACAUCAUGUUUUCAGUUCUACUGUUGGAAUCCCCGAUUAAAUAAAUUAGACAAAAGCGAUAAGAAUAAUCAGAAUAACACGUUGCAAUAAGAUUACUCAGAAAUACCUACCUCAUUUUUAUCAACAUGAAACCAGCCGUUCUUUGUGUUUUUGUUAUUUUUGCAAUCAUUGCUUCUUCUGUAAAUGCGGCAUGUCCUGGAAGUUGUCCUCCACACAAAAAUCCAGUUUGUGGAUUUGAUGGAAUGUGUCUUUACAAUUUCAACAAUGGAUGUGAAAUGAUCAGAUACAAUUGUCAAAGAGGAGGACAUUUCCGUAAUGCAGACUCCUAUCAGUGCCAAUCGGCUAAAAAUGGAGGAAAUUUGUACCAAUACUGUCGACACAUUAACGGUUUUUAAAUAAAUAUGUAUUUGUAUAUCCAGUGAAAAAAAAAAAAUAAAAUUAUUUUAAAACUUCAUUUAACAAUUAAAAAAUCGCUGAUUAAAGUGUUCCUCCAAAUAUUCAA